GGGAUCUUGUUCUCUAUCUCAAUCAAUGAAUUGGGGAUUACACACGCUGGUCGGGUGUCAGCUUCGCUCGUGAGAACGUUCCAACAUACAUACAUCAACACCACCGCUGCCACCACCACUAUGGGACGAUUCGGGGAUUUCCUGGAUCGCGUCCACCAACAUGUCAAAGAGAAGUAUGGAUCACCACCUGCUCCUCCUCAACCCUUCAACCCUCCUUCGAACCAGCCAAGUAGUCCCUGGCCGACACAAGAGACCGCUCCUACUUUUUCUCCAGGAACAAGCCCUGCGGUCGCCAGAACUGGACCACAGACAGUGUUUGCGCAUUUCAUCGUGGGAUGCGCGGCUACCAUGACCCCCGAACAAUGGGAGUCGGAUAUCAUCGAGGCCCAAAAGUGCCAUAUUGAUGGCUUUGCGCUCAACAUCGCCCCUCAGGAUAGUUACACCGACCAUGUCCUGGAAAAUGCGUACAGUGCGGCGGAAAGGGUCGGGAAUUUCACCCUAUUCCUUUCCUUCGACUAUGGUUCGGGGGGCCCAUGGCCGGUGGACCGUGUCAUUCACUACAUCAACACCUUCGCACACCGCAGCCCCCAGUAUUUCUAUCAAGGAAAGCCACUGGUUUCCACCUUUAUCGGCGUCUCAAGCGCCGGAGACUGGGUCGACAUCAAGCGCGCCACGAAUUGUUUCUUCGUCCCUAGCUGGCCCGACUGCGGCCCUGCCGCCAUCGCCAACUACCUCGACAUUGUGGAUGGUGCUUUCAGUUGGGACGCAUGGCCCGUAGGCGCUGAGCAGAAGAACACCGCCCACGAUGAACACUGGAUGCAGUCCUUGGCUGGUCGACCGUACAUGAUGCCCGUUUCACCGUGGUUCUACACGAACUUGCCCCAAUGGGACAAGAAUUGGCUGUGGCGCGGCGAUGAUCUCUGGCACUAUCGGUGGGAGCAGGUGAUGAGAUUGCAGCCGGCUUGGGUUCAGAUCAUUAGCUGGAACGACUACGGCGAAGCACACUAUAUCGGACCCAUCCACGAGGCCGGGGUACCUGAUGGAGCCGGUCGCUAUUGUUUUGGACACCCUCACGACGCAUGGAGGGCACUUUUGCCCUAUUACAUUGACGCUUACCGGAACGGCGGCGUGGUGGACCCCAACCAGCCUCGACCUCACUUGUCCUUUGCGGAUAAGAUUGUGUACUGGUAUCGCACGAACCCCAGUUAUGCUGGCAGUACCAAUGGGACGACCGGCAAUAACCCGGGGGUGGGCCAAAAGGAAUUGCACCCGGGUGAGGUAUCUCAGGAUCGGGUGUUUGUCAGCGUGAUUGUGGGAAGCCCGAGCGAAAUUCACAUCCAGAUCGGGGAUGGAACGCCCAGUAUCGUAGAAGCCUCGGGGGCGGGCGUUCAUCACUGCUCGGUUCCAUUCGAUGGAGAAACAGGCCCCGUGCAGAUCAUGAUUGUGCGCGACGAGCAGGUGAUGGCAUCGGCAACUGGACCGGCCAUUACAGAGGAAUGCCAGGAUGGCAAUGUGAACUGGAACUGUUAUGUAGGUUCAAGCGACUAGAUGGGGUUGGUAUGGCGACAUCAUGGAUCGGAUCGCUUAUCGUGAAAGCAGUUUCCGGAUAAGAAGGAUAGCUGAUUAGAGCGGAUGAUGACUGUAAAUAAGGCGAUGUCACUUGGCAUGAUUGAUGGUACAGAAUGAUAGAU